UUAGACUUAUUCAAACCGAUUUCAUAACACAAAAGAGCUCUCUCGUUUCAUAUACAUCGGAAACCCAGGGGCUUUUGAAUAAUGGCCGGGGAAUAGUUCCCACAACUCAUCGCUCUCGUCAAUCCACUUGCCUUGGCUCUAAUCCAAAAAACCCUGGUUUUGUGCGGCUCAAAUCCUGGUUUUUAGACGCGUGUAACCUUCGUUUUACGUCUCUGGCUUCUUCACUAGUGAAAAASAUACCAAGAUACACAAAUCGGAAUACCGCAGGAACAAGUCGUAUCGAAAUGAUAAAAUGAUAUUUGGUUUCUAAAUCAAGCCAACAAAAGUGGUCAUUACAGAUACAAGGUCACUUUAAAUACAUACAAGAAAUAGAAUAAAUUAUAAAUUUUGUAAUAAUAUAAAGUAUCAAAAAAGUUGUGAUAGAAAAAAGUAGUACAUUCUUGGUAAAUUAAAACAUUCACCCUAAAGGACUCAGUAAUGUCCGAAACGUCAGUAAGACCGAUAUUCCUCACGCUUUUUAUUAUGGGAUGGUGCAAAAUAUAUUUUAUUUUACAAUGUUGUUUGGAAUGUUUUCCGAUCGCGAUGGUUGGUCAGUUGGCGACAGUUCGUCGCGGCUAAAUAUAAACUACAUUUCGGUUGAUUCACUUAUUGAGCUUGUCCAUCAGAAUUUCUAACUUUACUGUCUUAGUAAAUUAUUUUAAAGCAAGAAUCUAAGGUAAUAUAUCGMGAUAAAAAACAUUUCACUUCCAGCGGCAUUUGUUUCUAUUUCAAGAACCAAUCAAAAUUCGCAGAAAAUUCCGCUUCCCUAGAGUAUUACGUUUUCGGCGCUGGCCAGGUAAAUGAAGGCGCGGGGUACGAAAUUGGUAAUUAUGCUUAAGAGUGAGCCGACGUAAACUUGCUAAAUAAACUGCUGAUGUUUUCUCAUAGAUGGCUUGUGAAACUAUAAUUACUAUCCGAUUUACAUUUAGAUUAUGGAUAAAAUGCUUUAUCUUUAGCGUGAUUAUCCAUAACUGACUUGUUGUCACAUAUAAUAAGAACAUGCAAAUACCGAAAGGUGUAAACAGCCUUUUUAAAGCAGAACACAACACAACUGCGUCAUUACCUAUCAAUCACGCUAUUUAUUKCUUGUAUUACUCAAAGGUUGCCUCAAUUUUCAGUCUGCUGUUUGUUGUUGUUGUUGAUGAGUUUUGAAGAGUUCCAGUCUGUUCACUUUUAACUGUUCAAUUCAAGGAAAAGACAUUUGAUAAUGUAUGUUAUGCAAUCCAGGACUUCGCUGAUAUCUUUGUGUAUAAUCCUUCAUUUAGCAUGUGCGUCGUCGUGCCCAGCGAAAUGUGAGCCUGUGAACACGCCUGUCUGCGGUAGUGAUGACAAGACUUAUCGAAACGUGUGUUCAAUGCUGCACAGGAAUUGCAAUAACAGAAACGUCGUGAGAGUGAAGCAUUUUGGGAAAUGUUCCAGAGACACUAACGAUAACAGUGGUGAAAAUUGUCUACGCAUUGGGAGAAGGAGAUACCUCAAGUGCUGAAUCUUAAUCGGCAAUAUCAUCAUUAUUAUCACGAUAAUCAUCAUCAAUAGAGUGGACAUACUAAAUCCGUGAAACAAAUAGUACUAAUUAAUAAUAAAUAGUGUUAAUUAGACAAUAAAAUACAAAGGAGU